UCCAACCGGCAGCUCGCCAUGGCCCUGCCCCGCACGCUGGGGGAGCUGCAGCUGUACCGGGUGCUGCAGCGUGCCAACCUGCUGGGCUACUACGAGACUUUCAUCCAGCAAGGGGGGGACGACGUGCAGCAGCUCUGCGAGGCGGGCGAGGAGGAGUUCCUGGAGAUCAUGGCGCUGGUGGGCAUGGCCACCAAGCCCCUGCACGUCCGCCGCCUCCAGAAGGCCCUGCGUGAGUGGGCCUCCAACCCGGGGCUCUUUAGCCAGCCUGUCUCAGCUGUCCCCGUCAGCAGCAUCCCCCUCUUCAAGCUCUCCGAGGCCGGCGGGCGCAAGGCGCUCAGCAACGGGCACACCAGCCCCGGUGAGGCCACAGGCAAGGGGAGCAGUGGUGCUGGGACACCCCCGGCCCACAGCCCCACAGAGCCCGGGGAGAAGCUGUCACCAUCUGCGGCCCCGCCGUGGCCUGGGAGGAGCACCCCUGAGUCGGAGGGUGGUGGGGACGAGGAGCCGGGGGGUCCUCCCUUCUCCCCGGGAGGGAGCGGUGGCGAGCAGCCAGUGGGCACGGAGGUGCUGGAGCCAGAGCUGGUGCGGACAGUGGUGGAGAGCGUGGAGAGGCUGCUGCAGAGCUGCCCCCGGGGCGGCGAGGCUGAGCUGCGGGCACUGAUGAAGCUCAAUAAGAAACUGUCCAAGUCCGUGGGGCACAUCUUCCAGCUGGAGGAUGGUGACCGUCACAAGGAGGAGGAGAUCCGCCGGCACAGCGCGAUCUACGGCCGCGGCGAGGCCCGGCGCCGUGAGGGCAAGCAGCUCACCCUACAUGAGCUCAUCAUCAACGAGGCAGCCGCCCAGUUCUGCCUGCGGGACAACUCGCUGCUGCUGCGGCGGGUCGAGCUCUUCUCGCUCUCACGGCAGGUUGCACGGGAAAGCACCUACCUGUCCUCACUCAAGGUCACCAGGGCACACCCCGAGGAGACCGGAGCCACCGUGGCCAAGCGGCUGAAGCAGGAGGUAGGAGAGCAGAGCCGCCCUGAGCUGUUGCCACUACCAGGGGGUCUGGAGCCCCCCGGGGCCACCUUCCGAGCCAGCCUGGAGGAGGAUGCAGCCAGCCUCUCCGGAGAGAGCCUCGAUGGCCACUUGCAGGGGGGGGGGGCUGUCCCCGGUUUGACCCCACCGCCCGGGGUGGCUCCCGACGUGCCCCUGGGCGUCCCGCCCCACGGGCUGUGGAGCCGCCACAUCCUCCAGCAGACGCUGAUGGACGAGGGGCUGCCUGCCCGGCUCGUCUCCCACGAUCGGGUUGGGGCGGCUGCCCCCUGCCUGCCGGGGAAGCCCCCGGGACCAGAGUUCGAGGAUGGGCUGGCAGAACGGGGUGCUCCGGCCCCCCCGGAACCGCCCCGUGGCACCAUCAAGUGGAGCAGGGAGACCAGCCGGCAGUGAGGCCCCCGCAGCCCCCCACCGCCAUUAACUAAGCAAUAACGUGCUGGGGGACGGGUGCCGGUGGUGCUCCGGGAGCAGGGAGCAGGUGAGGGCCUGGCCGCAGCUCCCCGUCCCCCCGGCACCGAUGCUCUGGUUACCUCAGCCGCGGUGGGGAUGUGCCCCCCCCCCCGCAGCAGCAAUACCCUCGUCCCGCUGGACUCUGGACCCUGCCCAGGGCUGGGGAACCCUCGGUGGACUCCGAGCCUGUACAGGACCCUCCUGCCCACAGGGGGCUGCCCGGCACCUCCUUCCCCUCCCUCCCCCUUCGGUCUGCUCACCCCUCGUGCUGACCGUCCUCCCCCACCCCCGUUACCGCGCAGGGACACGCGCUUCACCGCUGGUGCGGGAGCUGCGGGAGGCACCGCGUGUGCCCACGUCAGCGCCGCCACCCACGCCGGGCACGCGGUGCCGGCGCACGCAGCCCCCGCACCAGCCCCCGCACACCCCGCUCCCCCGCAGCGCACAUGUGCGACCUCCCCCCUGCAGCUUCGCGUGCAGGGUUUCGGCUGUAAAUACCCCACCCCCCCCCCGCAGCUCAGCCCCACCGCACGGACCCCCGCAGCUUCACACACUCUCGCAGCAUCCUGAACCCCAUUGCAACCCGCCCCCCCGAUCACCUGCGUGCGCUGCCGGUGCAUGGUCCCCUGUGCCGCCGGGGUGUCACACACCUGCACCCCCCCUCCCAGCACGAAGCAAGCGGCGUCCAAUGGGCGCUGGGGUGGUGCGGACCCCCUGGCUCCUUGGGGUCUCUCCUUCCCCCCCCCCCCCCCCCCCCCCACUUUCCGCAAGCCGUGCCCAGCCCCGGGGUCCCCCAACCCCCUUAGGACUGUGUGGUGUCUUUUUAGAGCAUUAGCAACUCUUCCUUUGUAAUGUGUACAGUAAGAUUAUUUAUUUUUGUUAUUUUGGAAUAAAACUUUAUUUUAUGGCUUA